AUACAAUCACCACUGUAGAUGGCAGUACUGCAUUAUUCGCAUUAGGUAGUGUGUCGAGGUAUACCGGAUCUCAUAUUGCAAUAUGAGAAUUUAAACUGAGUUAUAUUUUUUUCAAUUACUGACGCUAAUAACAACCAGAGAAGAAACAGAUUUGGAUUCUAAUUGACGCUGGUGUGUGGAAAUGGGACCUGAUAAGCGACUUCAGCAAAAUGAAACUAUGCCAAAAGUUGACAUAUUAAAAGAUGUGGGAAGACUUAAGUCCACAGAUGUAGUUUAUAUGAAACGCUUAGAAGAACAAAACUUACAAAGAGCGAAAAAAGUACAAGUGUAUCGCAAAGCUAAUAAUCGUACUGCUUUUGCUUUGACUCUUGGAGUCAUUGGAAUUUACGCUUAUACAAUAUAUUCAGUUAAACAGGAAAAGUUUCUGGAUGAUUUUGAUGUACCAGAAAAAACGAUUGAGAAGGCUGUUUGAAAAAUUAUCUUGUUUAGAAAUGUAAAUAAAGAAUCUUACAGCUUGUUGUGUUAAA